GAAAGAGGUGGGGCUGCCACAGCCACAGCUCCCUCCCGCCUUUCCCACUGGCCCGAGUUCAUGCUGCUGCCGCUGCUUUGCCAGUGGCAGAGUCGUCCCCGUGCAGUGUAAUCCCGACAUUCUCGGAGCAUCCAGCAGCUGCCGGGCACUUGCAGCCCGUUUGGGAAUUUCCUUCUUUUUCUCCAAGUGACUGACUGCUGUCGUUUCAAGGCUACUGUUUUUCAUCUCAUCACAGGAACGCUGUAUCUUCUUGGAAUAUGGAAUUUGUGUGGAAAAGAAGGUGGUAUCUUCAGCUGGGCUGUAUAUUGAUACUGAAUUUGGUUUAUGCCAAACUAGACUAUGAAAAAGAAAUUCCUCCAAGCCUGGGUCAGAUUGACCAUCAGUGCUGGGAGGUGUCAUCCCAUGGGCUGGUGGAAAUGAAGAAACUCAAGGUAGCAGAUACGGUCAUUGCUCUCUGGGACUUCAUGAUGUUCCUAAAGGAAUCCCCUAAGCCCAAGCACAAUGAACUCUUCAAUGAUUUAGCCCAGAACUUCUGGGAUAUGUAUGUAGACUGUGUGCUCUCAAGAUCCCAUGGAAUGGGCAGAAGACAAUUAAUGUCUCCUAAAUACUCUUCCACAUACUCACAUAGAACUUUAGAAGGGUCUGCUUUCAUCAACCCAUUUUAGGCCAAAAGGGGAGAAAAUGAAGAUACCUCAGCAAGGCAACAUCAAAAUGAAGGAGCACAAAAGCACAGCAUGUACUAUAGAUGCUUAGACAAAUCCAUCGGCAUGGUUCAAUCUUUUUUUUUUCUCUGUAUAAAGUACUUAAUCACUGCUAAACUGAUAAGUACGUGAGCUCCCACAUUGUCACUUUUGCUUUCCUGUCUUGCAAUCUACCAAGGUUGCCUUUUUCCCACUGCAUGUGUGAAUGCUUUUGUGUUUUGAGUCAACACUUUUGUUCUCUCAGGUAAGCUUGUAAGUCUGAA